GAAAUAGCUUUCUUGAAAACGGAUUUGCGUAUUAAAGAGUAAAAAGAUAAACCACGCAUUUUUUUUAAUCGGCAUUUUAGAAACUGUGACAACGUGCAACAGAAUCGCUUUGGAAAGCAGUUGACAUCUUUUGCUUGGCUUUAUAUUUGUUGCUAUUAUGGGUUCCUGUUGUAAAUUUUCUUUUUUUGUUUUGCUCCUUCAGUUCGGAAUGAUGUAUGCCAUUACAUUUCGACAAGGCCCACAAUCAACCCAUGUCCACGAAGGAGAGCAAGCCGUCCUAACAUGCGCAGUGGAUGACAAAAAGGCUGGUAACUUUGUAUUCUGGCAUCUUGUUGAGGAAAAUGCAUACAUCAGUUACGAUAGCAGCGUUUACCCAGAAAUUGAGACCGGGAGGUUUUCUGUUACAGGAGACUACAGCAACGGGGAAUUCAACUUAGUAAUUUUUGAGGUGAGUGCCCAAGACGUGGGAACGUACCAAUGCGGGUUUUAUUUUAAUAACGGCACACGAAGCGAGUUCAUCUUUAAAGAAGCGAUUGUUUCGCUUAUAAUCCCACCAUCGCCAUUCUACCCACAAUGUAGUUGGUCCAGCCGAAGCAUGUAUCCCAAACCAGGAGAUACCAUCUCAUUGGGGUGUAUAUCUUUCGGUGGGAUUCCGGCAGCUUUGCUCUCGUGGUGGAAAAACGAUACAAUGAUGAUGGAGCCAAAGAGUAAUAUUGCCUCACUAACGCAUAUUCUAAUACCAGAUGAUAACGGUGCCAAGUUUUUCUGUUUUGCAACUGGACUAGCGUUACCUAAACCAAGAUUAUGCAUGGUUGUUCCUAUGACUAUUCCACCAACUGUUGAAGUACAUAUAUCGGACCCUAGCCCUUUGUUAUACAGCGAGCUAACCAUCAAUUGUGUGAUCAAUGUCGUAGGGUCUAUUCAACAUAUUCAUUGGUACUGGGAAGGGGAACGUAUUGUAAAGGACUCAAAGAACAGACUCUCAAUCAUAAUGGACGGCGAAAGGAUAGUAAUACCAAGUACAAAACCAUCAGACAACAACACUCUAGUCUCAUGUUUUGUAACAACAAAUUCGGGCCUACAUGGUAACGGCUCAGUAAGAAUCGAACUAUCAAUGGAUCAAUCAGUAUCAACAACAGUGACAGAUAUCAAGCACCAAUCUUUACCUAAAGCGCCCUCAGGAGAAACCGAUUUAAUUAUACCUGUGACUCUAAGUGUUAUAGUUAUCCUACUUGCCGUCAUAUUUAUUAGUAUUUUCGUAAAACGUAUACAGACGAGAGAGGAACGACAGGACGGGAAGCAUAUGACGAAAAAUAGCAUCAUGAAGGAUACGUUAGGAAACUCAAAAUCGAAUGGAAAUCGACACAACAGGAAAAGAGUGACCUUUAACCUUUCGAAUAUAUCACCGAAACUGACAUCGUCAAAGUUUACUCGAAUCAAUAGAAUGAAGGCGAUUGUUAAAAAUAAUCCCGACAAAUAUAUAGAAACUGAGGAACACAACGAAGGAUUUGUGGAAGAUCAUGGAAUUCAAACAAUAUCUCACAGAGAAGACCUUGUUUACGCUGAACUUUCUCUGGAUCCAGUAGAUUCUAACUCGUCACAAAUAACUGACAAUACGGAGCAUGUCACGUACGCCGAACUUAGGAUCUGAAUCGGGACGUGCUCUUAAAUUAUAUUUUCUAGGACUCAAAGAUUCUGACCAGAUAUUUGAAAAAUAUAUAUAAAAAAUACCGGCAGCUGACAGCACUCACUGUAAACGGACCUAUAAAUGAUUUAUUAUAACUAAUAAUCGUAAUAAUAAAAUCGUAGGCCUAAUAUCAUUCCACAUGAAAUGUUUGAAACGAACGGUACCGUCUUGGUACGAAUAACUUUAAACAUUUAAAGACAGAGCCUGGGUUAAUGUAGAUAACCAUGGUUUUUAGAAAAUAUUUUCAUUUUUUUAGGUUAGUGGGUGAGAAAAAUGUUACCGUAGCAAUAAUUUAAAAAAAGAAAAAUGAGUAUUACUCAAAAGAGGCCUGGAGCCUUUGUAUUAUAACGAUGUAAAAAUGUAUAAUUCAAAAUGUUUUUCUGUUUUAAAACAAUUAAUUUUAUUUUAACUUCCUAUGACUUAUCAGAAAACAAAUUUAUUAUAUUUCUGCAAUAAUGAUAUUAUUAUAUAUAACUGUAAUGACAAUGCAAUAUGCUGGGCUUAGAAAAAAUGUUUAUAAAUAAAGUUGAAACAUUAAA